AUGCUGAGGAUACGAAGUCAGCUGAACCCUAUUAGUUCGAAGGAAAACUAUCAGCAUCACAAGGAAGGAAUUGUUCCAGGAACCUUUGAAUGGUUUCUGAAGACCCCUGAAUUCAUGAAUUGGGUGUCUUCGUCAGGUUCAUCGUUGCUGAUGGUUCAGGGCCGUCCGGGGUGUGGAAAAUCCGCGUUAUCAUCCAUCAUUUUCGACCGACUGUGCGAAAUACGACCUCCUGGCGGACAAGUAUUCUUGUUUUUUGGCGGCCCUACAUGUCCUAUUACUGCAUGUAUCAGGAGUCUAAUGUUCUGGCUCCUAGAGAACGUUGGGCUCGACAUCAGCUCACUGGACAACUUGUCCAAAUCGGGGGUGGGCUCGGCUUCAUCGGUCAAAGUGUUAUUCGAGGCAAUUCGACAACCGCUUUAUCAGAUGGUAGCCGCGAUCUCACCACUAUUUUGCAUUAUCGACGGGGUUGAUGAGUGCACUGCUCAUGAGCGGGAGCGUCUCCAUCUAUUGGACGAGCUCGAGAAGCUGGUCAAGGCCACCCCGACCAUCAAAGUGUUCGUGACCUGUCGUGUCGAUGAAUUCGUCUCUCCGGCCAAUAUUCCCAGUGAUUGGACGGUUGUCAAUAUCCGGCCGUCGGACGUGAGCCCAGAUAUACGAAAAGUUACAGAGACAUGGGUUACCGCGUCCCCCGAUCUGAAUGCAAAUGCGACCAACAUUACGGAAAGAUUGGUUCAAAAUUCACAAGGCACGUUUUUGUGGGUCAAAUUGAUGAUGGAGGAAUUGAAGGGGUGCGGUCCCGGGCCAAACGAGGCUGACCGAAUAUUACGGAGUCUCCCUCGAGCGCUAUCAGAACGUUACCAUCAGCUCAUUCAGCGCCGGUACGACUCGCUGAACUCGAACCAAUGGGAGCGCUUUGCAAAGACACUCUGGUGGCUGGCGUUAGCUCCGCGGCCACUCACCGUCGACGAGAUCCUCGCCGCGAGACCUGUGAUGAGUGGUGCGUCAUUCCAAGACGACGAGGGGAAUUACGACAAAGACGGAGAGAUUCGACGUCUUCGUGAAGACUGUGGUGCGCUGGCGACCAUUCACCAGGACGGCACGGUGGAGCUCGUACACAAGUCAUUUGCCGAUUUCCUGAUUCGAGAGCAGGGGACUCCAUCCAGCUCGUCUGGGGUUGGUUCGAUCUGUCGAGAUGUCUGUGAUGUUCACUACGAAUUGUCGUCCAUCUGUCUUGAUUACCUUCUACACGGCAUUGAUGAACAAGGGUGGCAGGCGGCACGCGAAAAUACAGAUCCCUCUCGCUACGGCCUAUUGAAGUACGCAUCUCAGUUUUGGGUUCACCACGUAUGUCUUUCUGGGACGCCGGGACUGCGUCAGGAUCUGGUCAAGAAGGUCGCCACAUUCCUCGGCACUUGGCCGGGGAAGGAAUGGUUCCUGGCUUACAAACGUUCUGUUGGAUCCUCCUGGUUGGGAAGCAUGCAGGUCGACCAACACCGUCUUACCACAUGGCUGUCAUCUGGGAGCCAAUACUCCGGGUAUCACGUUUCGUCAGAUAUCGGCAACUUCGUUCUCUCCAUUGCUCGGAGGAGUGCCGCCGAAGUGGAGGAUAAUUCGAGCAGUAGUGAGCCCAGCAUCGAGAAGCUCUAUACCGCCGGCUUUGUCUGCCUAAAGCAAGGUUUGCUCGAUGAAGCCGAAAAGUGGCUGAACCGUGCCCUGGAUAUGUCCAAAGCCGCCCAUGGAUUCGACAGCAAUAUGUCUCUCAACAUACUCAAGGAAAUGGCAGAUCUUCGCGAGCAACAAGCACGACUUGAAGAUGCCGAAACCUUACUAGAACAAGUGCUCGCGAUCGAACGGGAUAUGUAUGACGGCAAACGUAUUUCUGCUGAUAUUCUGGAGACGAUGAAUCAGUUAGGGUUCAUUUACCAAGAACAGGGGAAGCUCAGACUCGCCGAAGAGAGGCACUUGAUCACCUUGUUAAUGUGUGAGGAAGAACUUGGUGACAAGAGUCUCACCGCUCUGAGGACGAAGAAUCAUCUAGCCAUCGUGGCCCGGAACCAAGGAAAUCUCCAGAAAGCUGAAGAUUUGCAUAAGAAGGUCCUCAAGGACCGUGAAGAUAUCUUGGGCAAAGACCACCCGGCGGUACUACAGGUCGUGAAUCACCUGGCAAUCGUCCACCGCAAGCAGCACAAAUUCGAAGAAGCCAAUGAAGAGUACCGGAGGGCAUUGGUAGGUCGGGAGCAUACCUUGGGGCCCGACCAUCCCACGACGCUGAAUACCGCCUACAGUAUCGGGGUCCUCUGUGAGCAACAAAAUCGGUUCGAUGAAGCCAGAAUGUGGUACCGCAGGGUAUUGACGGGAAGGAGGAAGAAGCUGGGUACGAAACAUCCCAAGACAGUGGAGGUGACGCAAACGCUGAAGUCACUACGGCGGAGAUUGCACUUUCAUCUCAUGGUCCAGGACGUUGCCGAGCAAUGCUGGUGGAUUCUGUUGGCGUACAUUCUCCGCCUCUGGAGAUUUUUAUUUCGUCGUUCAAGAGGGGAUCGUCCACUACAUUCAUAG